UUCCAAAGACAUUGAUGUCGAUUAUCUUCUCUAGUCGUUCAACCGUCGCAAAAUCAGUAGGAUUUCUCUCAACAGUUUGUAAAAUACGGAAAUGGACAAUUUUCUCUAGAAAUGAUUUUCAGCAUCUAGAUGUGUUUGCACGUCAAAGUUCUUGGACGCCUACGUCACGUAGGACAGGCUGUAUAGGAGUAAAGCUAGGCAUGCAGCCGAUGUGGAAGAAGGACGGUCAACGAAUAGCAGUGACGCUGAUCAGAAUUCAAGAAUGUCACGUAGUUCAGGUCAAAACAAAGGAGGUCGACGGGUAUACCGCUUUGCAACUAGGAGCAGUGAAUUAUGUGAAGAUGAAAAAUGUGAGCUAG